AUAUAAUUAGUAAUGGUUUAUUAUUUGAAGAAAAUCAUUUCAGUGCGUGCGAGAGACUAAGCCAUGUUUCAAAUAGCUAUUUCCAUAUUAUUGCUCCUCCUUUCCGUUGGCUACAGCACAGAGGAUCUGGAUUUAUUCGAUACAGAUAUAGACGACAUAUUCAGCAGCGUGAUCGGUCCAGUUUACAACAAGAAAACUCCACACCCAAUCUACAAUAAAACCCUGACUGAUAAAAAUCGAAUGCUCAAAUUUCGCACGCUAAAUAUUUCUUUACUCAAAUUGCUCGACGAUGAAACACCAAAGAACCCCAUGCUCAAUCUUCAGGGGCAAAGUUACGCUCAAGCGCCCCAGCGCACCCGAAAUUACGCUCAGCACUCCUUACGCACACGAAAUUAUGCUCAAACGCAAAAAAAAUACUCCACGCAUCGAGCACCAAAGCGUCCCUCAAAAAGUCAAGUCCUAGAAAAAGAGGACACAGAAAACAUCUACAAUAAACUUUACAAAAAACCCGAAAAUAAAUUAGAGUUAGAGCAAAUGCUUGAACAGCCAAUACCGACCAAGCCGGACUUCAAACAAGAUAUGUUUAACGAAACUACAACACGAUUCAACACACUUUAUGCUGAAUUUCAAAAAUGGGUGGAUGAUGAAACUCCGAGUAUGAAUAUAUCUCGCCGACAGUUGAUGACGACGAGGAAGAUAUUUCGUCAUUAUAGACAACACCCAAAUAAAACUGUAGCAUAUCAAAUUAGUAAAUACAAAUUGCAGAAAUUUGCGGAGAAACACGGUCGUUAUAAUUAUGUGGAUAAGGGUGUAAUAAAUGAAGAAACAAGUUUAUAUUUCCAAGACCGCAGGGCUAUAGAAAGAACUCUGGCACUCAUGGCUCAAUUCAUUUAUGGUGCUCAGUAUAAGUUCAUAUACGCUCAGAAGCUCAAGGAAAGAUACUCACAGAUGAUUAGAUACAAAAUAGGAUACUCUGUUGCUAUUUUAGAGAAUUUAAAAACACAGUAUAACAGUGGGUACAUGGCGAUGCACGGAUAUCGUAACCUGACCAAAGUUGGAAAUUCGGAUUCAAGGGACGAAGAACGUAGAUUAGUUCUUCAUGAAAUUAUGUAUAUGCUAAAGAUAUAUGAAAGGCAGUUAAGGAUCCGGGUGGAGUUUAAUGAGGUAAUUAACUAUAUAAGGACGCUCGAGUUAGAACGUGUACGGAGAGAGCUUUUGAGAAAGGCAAAGAUCGGUCAAAAAGAUGUUAUCUAG